UCCGAGUGAACUGUAGCAAAGAGCUGUACUUUGUUUACGUCCCUCUGGUUAGCUGACAGAUGUUGUGGGUCUCAAGUUAUUGUGAAGCUUGACUGUAUUUCACACCACACGAUUCGGCGAGUUUACGCGCAGGACUAAGGUGUUAGCAUGGCAUGUUUAGUUGAAUGAGGGGGGACGCUACAUGCCGACAGGAGGAUGAACUCUAUCAGUGGCCGGGUCCUCUCCAUCCCCGCCGCCUCUGUCACCAACUCUGGAGCAUCCUCUUCUCGAGCCUUACACGUGGAGCUCACAUCUCAGCAGAGACGACUUCGACAUCUACGGAGCAUCGCGGCUCGAAACAUUGUCCACAGGAAUGGUUCUCCGCUGCUGGACACGUACUUCACCCUGCACCUCUGUGCUGAAGAGCGCAUAUCCAGAGAUUUUUAUAAGAGUGAGGUCAUUCGGGACUCACUGAAUCCCACUUGGAGAAGUUUAGACUUUGGAAUGUUACCGGACCUACUGGACACCUCAGUGUCUUGUUUUGUGGUUAGAAUUUGGGGAGGCCAAGCGGAGCAGUACCAGCUGCUUAUUGAAUGGAAAGUGAACCUGAAUGGUCUUAGAUAUACAGGACAGCAGAUUCGGUCUCGUUAUCCAAAUGAAAUAAUAUUUGGACUGAAUGAUGGCUACUAUGCAGCUGACUUUGAAUAUAAGGACUCCUCUGAAAGGAAAAAGAAGAACAGCCUGCUUCAGGUGGAGCAGACAUCCGUCAGGAACUCCUACAGUGUCUUCUCUUUGCUCAGGCUUCACACAGCACAGAGAGCUAUUAAACAGACGCAAGUGACGGUGCAGAAGAUCGGGAGGGAGAUAGAAGAGAAGUUAAGGACAACAGCAUCUUGCACAGAGCGGAAAAAAGAGCGAGAAUGUAUGCAGCUGCGUAUCGCUGUACUACGCAGUGAACUGGAGCGGCAGACCAAGGCUCUGAGCCGAGAGACCGACCUGAGACAGAAAGAAAGAGCUCAGCUGCAGAAAAAAGAGGAAAGCUUUUCGACUCAACAUGGCAGUCUAAAGCUCGAGAAAGAAUCGCUCACCAGGUUACAGAAGGAAUGCACUGCCAAAAGAGAACAGUUCCUCAAGUCGAACGCACAGCUCACCUUCCGAUGUCGUCAGCUCCUGUCUGAACUCUCCUACAUCUAUCCUAUUGAUGUGGUGAGUAAAUGUCUGUUCGCUUUGAUGCAGUUAUUUGAAUUGAUAACAACUCUCAAAAUUCUCCAAAACUUGAAUCCACAGACAAAUCAGACCGAUUACGUAAUCUGUGGAGUGAAGCUGCCUAACUCGGAGGACUUUCAAGCAAAAGACGAUGGGAGUGUGGCGGUUGCCCUGGGAUACACAGCACACUUGGUGCUCAUGAUCUCGUGCUUCCUUCAGAUACCUCUUCGGUAUCCUGUGAUCCACAAAGGCUCACGCUCCUCCAUCAAAGACACCAUCACAGACCGACUCACAGAGAAGGAGAGAGAAUUUCCAUUAUACCCACGGGGAGAGAGAUUUCAUUUUGAAUACGGCGUCUACCUGCUGAACAAGAACAUUGCUCAGCUGAGAUAUCAACAUGGACUGACCACCCCAGACCUGCAACAGACUCUGCCCAACCUGAAGACGUUCCUGGAGCAUGGCCUGAUGGUCCGAUGUGACAGACACGUGUCCAGUUCCAUCUCCGUUCCAAAGUCCAGUCUCAGUAUUGGUCUGGGCACAGAGUUCCCCAGCCACAGCAGCUCUCCGGACCGCAGCCCGAGAAAACGCAGCAGUUCUGAAGCUGACCAGCAAAAGGCCAAACCUACCCCCCCUCCCAGCUACAACACCGCUGUGGGCAUAGACCCGACCCACCCACAGCCACCUGCUCUGGCGCCUCCAUCGCCCUCCCCCAAGCACCACCCUUCUCUUGAUGCCAGUAUGGCGUCCUUAAACCUUGGCAAGCCCACAGAGGGUAAGCGGGAGGGAGAGGUGGAGAGUAAGGAAGAAGCUAAGCAACAGCAAUCAGAGGAUGUACCAGAAGAGGAGGGGAGAGGUGUUGAAAAAGAGAUUAAAGUUGAAAAACUAGGGACGCACCCACCAAGCAGUUCGUCAAAACCAACCUCCUCAGAAUCUGCGGCUGUAGUAGAGGACAAAGCGUGCUCAUCUACCCAGAAUUCAGGGACCAUGAACGGGUCGCUUGUGGUAGGACCAACAGCUGUGGGUCCCAUACCAGAGCUGCAUUGUUCAGUGGAGCAGGCAGAGGAGAUCAUGGGAACAGAGGCGACGGGGUUGGGUUUGGGGCUGGAGGAGCAGGCCCAACUGGAGGAAGAGUACCGCAGUAUCCCCGUAGACCACGCUGUUGCCGUUGAGUGCGAUGAGCAAGUGCUGGGGGAGCUGGACGUAGCCGGCUUUGAGGAGUUCUCGAGGCGUAUCUAUGCUCUCAAUGAGAACAUGUCCAGCUUUAGAAGACCGCGAAAAAACUCUGAUAAGUGAAGCCAGGACCAUGUGGCAGUGUGGACAAGUGUGCAGAAAACAUAGGAACUCUUCUGGAACUUAUUUGACCAAUUUGCACUUACUAUUCACAUUUCCAUUGUAAUCUUUUAAUGAAUAUAAUUGCAAGUAUUGGGACAGUAAGCAGAUGUGAUGAACUAUGAAUUGUGAAUUUUUAAAGAUUAUUGCCAGAGAUUACAUUUUAUCUGUGUUUGGCUAGUUUAGCAAUUAAAGUUCCAAUAAAAGAGUAGCACUUUGUACAAAUACUUUUGAUGCAAUACCAAACAUCAAUGUCCGAGCAGUUUUCCUCAAUCUAACUCUAACCCGAGCUCUUUGACUCAUAAAGCUGCAACAUUUAAUUGGAAAAAUCAUUCAAAUAAAUAGACUCUAAAACAUUUGCCAAACGACCUUUAUAACAAAUAAAGCUUCAUUACUAAAAAGGGGUAUUAUGCAAAAUCAACUUUUUGGAGCUUUCUGCAAUGUUAUAAUGCUGUUCCCUCUUCAAAACCUGCCUGAAGAGGUUUUAAGGAGGGGAGACAAAAAACGAAAGUGAAACUUACAAAACGACAGUGUGUUGUUUUUGGUGAAUAUAGCAUUUUCAGAACAAUAAAAGUUAACGUGGUGAUAUAAAUGUUAUGUUAUUAGCAGUUAAUACCCCAUAGAAGUAAAAUACUCCCUCUUUAAAUAAAAAUGUCGAAAAGGAACUAUUUCUUAUGUUCAUUACUGUAUCUGGAAUCCCUCAGUUACCAAAUUUCAGCCUUCAUUUGUUGAGAAAUCUAUAUAAACAUCUCAAUGUACAAAAGAAAUAAUUGUUUGUCUAGUUGACUAAGCGACCUACAAGAGAUUCAAGAUGUUAUCGUCACUGUCAUAGAAAACAAAAGUAUGUUUAGAGCAUCAAACACUGUAUAGUUUUGAUGUUUAGUGCAAUACCAAAGGUGCAAGAUAGCCCCAUAAAUAACCCCAGUGUGCACAUUAAUGACAGUGAUCAGUGCCGCACUCAGACCCCUACUGAACCAGUGCAGCCGUAUGUGAGGAAAGAGCCUCAGAUACAACAUGCAGUUUGACAUGUCUCCGCUCUUACCCGUGCCUGCUGUCCCAGUACUUGAGCUGUACUUCACUCAUGGUGUGAGAGAGUGACUGAACUGGGGUGACUGAACUGGCCAUGGUGUGUGUGUGUGAGUGUGUGUGUGCUAGCUAGGCCUGUCACGAUAAAACAGUUUGAAGCGCGAUAUAUUGCUGAAGAAAAUAUGGACUGUUAACCUUCUUCCACCAAGUUCACUUCGCUGUAAAUGAGACUAAACCACACUGUCUUUGUGGUGGCACUUCCGUUUAAGCAGGUUUCCCAUUCGUUUAAAUGGAGAAUAACAAAAAGUACUCCUCUAAUACAAGGAAAGUAAAGAAAAUGUUGUUCCACUUAAUAAUAACUGAACGAUAAUUUGCUAUAGUAAUCAUCGUGGCAGGCCUGGUGCAACAUGCAGGACCUUCUCACUACAGUAGGGUUUUGAUGAAUCCCACCAAUGACCUUCACCUCCAGGUUGUUGCCGUAGAGAGAGGUGGGAGAUUCAGCCAAUCAGAGAGCCCCUAACUGUGAUACACCUGUUUCUCCAUACACUUUGUUCUUGAGGCGGUAAGGCGAGGAUUAUGUGAGCACAUGGCAGGGCUACUGUGCAAUGUACGAUUCAUCUCCAUGUUGUUUUAUUGUUUUAAAUUUUAAGGUAGUCCAGCAUUGUAAACCUCAAUGUUGAUGAUCAUUGUAUUAGACCAAUUAAAUGUUGUAAUUCUGUUUUGUUGAACCGUCACUCAGGCUGUGUUGUCUUGAAGCCCACGUCAGUAACUUCCGUGUAUCAAAAUGCUUUCUUGCACUGGUGGAUUUAUGCAUUAUUUAUAUUUCUGAAAACCAUGCUGUUGAGUUCAAAGAAGAUUCCCAUCGCACAAUAUUUCAGACUGUCCCGGCCAUCGUAAACUCCAGGGGGCGCUCUUGAUGCUGACGGCGUUUUGCAUCAGUGGCCAUGACGGCGAUGGACCCGGGAUGGACCAGUCCGCCUCUCAGAUCUCUGCUGCGGUCGUGUCAUUUCCAUAAACUGAUACCAACAGUUGACCAUGUAAAUAUACUUUUGUAUGGAGGUUUCUUUUCUUAUUAAACACUGUCCAAUGGCAUGAA